AUGGCCACUCGCGGACUAGGUCGAGCACGUUCACGAGCGAGUAGGGAUGCGCGACUGGCUGAUAACCAUGCCGAGUUCAUGGUUGCGAUGGCGACUUUGGCGAACACCAUGGAAGCGAAUGUUGCUACGUAUCUGCAAGCUGUACAGAGAUUAGCCCAACUGGCAGGAAGUGGAAACGAAAAUGGAGAAGGUGCUGAGGACAGCUUGAGAGGCGUUUCGAGAAUUCUAGCUGCUUUUCAGCAAGCUGGCCCGCCGGUUUUCAAUGGUUCAACAAACCAUAUUGAAGCAGACAACUGGUUCCAAGCUGUGGAGCGUGCGUUGCUGACUCAACAUGUACGGUAUGACCAGUUCGUAGAGCAUGCAGCUUAUCAACUAGUGGAAGAAGCUCAGCAAUGGUGGCAACGAGAGCGCCGACUGCUACACCAACAGAACGUGAACAUUACCUGGGCAUUAUUCGAGGGAGCUUUCUACAAGAAGUACUUUCUUGAGUCAUUAAGGGAGGCCAAAGAAUUGGAGCUCUUACAACUGAAGCAAGGGUCCAUGACUAUAGCAGAAUACACCAGCAAGUUUGAGGAACUCUGUAGGUUCUCGAGGAUAAGUCAGGCUACUUCUGGGUCUUAUGAGGGUUGA